AUGCAUUUCGGAGGUUCAAGGGUGCACAAGCGUGCGAACAUUGGACGUAUCACACAGGCCACAUGCGAAUUGAAGGAAACAGAAAUUGCUGCUGUGAAGAAAGCCCUGGAAGAGAAUGAAGGAUUGCUGGCACCAAUGGAGCUUGUGGCUCGCCCGACACCAAGCGGCGAUCCAUGCUUCAGUGGCGAACAAGUGUAUGCGCUGAGAAGGAAGGUGUCCACGGUGACACGACUAGGAUAA